UAUCAUCAUCAUCUCAUAUGUUUAUAUUGUAAAAAUCAAUAAUAAUCUUUGUCACCAGAUUUUCUAUCUAUCAUUGUGUGUGUGUGUGUGUUUGUGUUUUGGCAUAAAUUUUUCUUUUGAUUCAACACCAUUCAUUCUACAAUAAUCUUUAUUUUCAACAAUAUCGAUAUAUUGAUCGGGUAAGUUGUAGUUGUUAAUGUUUUCAUUUCAUUUGAUUAUUUUAUUGAUUUAAUUUUUCUUCGUUUAUUUUGACAAUAUUUCAUUGUUGCUGUUGCUGAUGAUGAUGAAUACGAUUCCACAAUCAUUACGUUAUUCUUCAUUGUUGUUAUUAUUUAAAUAUCCAUGUAGAAAUUCUAUUAAUAAUCAAAUUUCAUUGGCUCAUUUUGGUUUGUUUUCCAGUAGUAGUAGUAGUAGUAGUAGAAGAAAUUUUAGCCAAAAAUCAACAAUGUCGAUUCGUUAUGAUUUCAAAGAUAAAGUUGUAUUGGUUACAGGUUCAAGUUCUGGUAUUGGUGAAGGAAUUGCCAUACAUUUAUCAUCACUUGGUGCUAAUAUAACAAUAACUGGACGUAAUGUUGAACGUUUAAAACGUGUUGGUGAACGUUGUAGACAAUCAUCAUUAUCAUCAUCAUCAUCUGCAAAAGUAUUGGAAAUAAUUGGUGAUGUUAGUAAAGAAGAAGAUGCAGCAAGAUUAUUGAAUAAAACUAUUGAAACAUUUGGUAAAUUAGAUGUUUUGGUUAAUAAUGCCGGUGCAUAUCAGAUUGCAUCAAUUUGGGAUGAUAAUUAUAUGCAAAAUUAUGAUAUGAUGUUCCAUAUAAAUGUACGUAGUGUGGUUCAUUUGACCAAAUUGGCUAUACCAUAUUUGGCUAAAACACAUGGUAAUAUUGUCAAUGUAUCAAGUGUUUCUGCACAAAAACCUGCGGCAAAUAAUACAUUGUAUGCAAUGUCUAAAGCGGCUAUCGAUAUGUUUACCAAAUCGAUGGCAUUAGAAUUGGGUCCUAAACAUAUUCGUUGUAAUGCUAUUAAUCCGGCUGCCAUUCGUACACCGAUAUUCAAUAAAGUAAAAAAUAGUGAUCUAAACACUGAUCGUAUGGCUGAAGCGGCUGCAUUAUCCUAUCCAGUUGGACGUAUUGGUGAACCAUUAGAUUGUGCUAAUGCUGUUGCAUAUUUAGCAUCUGAUGCGGCUAGUUUUAUUAAUGGUGUCUGUUUAUUGGUCGAUGGUGGUUCAGUGAAUUCAGCAUUGAUAAUGCCAGAAGGAGAUUCAAAAAAAUAAUUUGACCAUUCAUCUAUUCAUCUACUGAAGAAGAAGAAGAAGAACAGUCAAUUUGACCAAAUAAAAGAAAAA